AUGUUGGUGGAGGGCAGAGGCAAGUUGAACGAAUAUAGGGAUCCCAAACAUGAGGAGAUUAUACCACAUGUAGAUUUCAUUCCUGAGAUUGUCUUAAAGCCAAUAAAAGCAUAUGCAAGGAGUGGAUGCAGUAUAGAAGAAAAUGCAAUGGGUAAAAGGAAGGCAGGAGACAUAGAUGAGGGUGAAGGUUAUAAUGAAGAUGAUGAUGACAAUGUACAUGAUAGAGUGAAUAUAGAUGAAGAUGGAAGUUUUGAUGAGGAUUACGUGGAUAGUGAUUAUAAGAUAUUGCCAGGAGAUGAAGGAUAUAGUGAAGAUGGACAAGAUGACUUGGAAUAUAAGGAGAAUGUUGAUAACCGUGAUGUGUAUGAUGAGUAUGCUGACAUGGGAUUCAAUGGUGAAAUUUCUGACCAUAGCCAUGAUAGUAAAGAAUUGAGGGAUUUGGUGGAAGAAACUAAAAGUAAUGAUGAAGCAGGUGUUAAAGUAGAGGUUGCAUGCGGAAAGAAGCACAAGGGUAAAAGGGAGACUUGGCCUUGUCAAUUUUGGAUCUCUGCUAGUGUAAUCAAGGGUAAGGAACCAGAAUUGAUUAUCAAGUCAAUCAAUUUGAAUCACAAGAAUUGUGAAACAGUUUCAAGAAUGAAGUUUUGUACUUCUACAUUUUUAGCAGAAGAGUAUGUACAAGUGUGGAAAGCUGAUCCAUAUAUAUCUAGAAAACUAUUCCAAGAAAUAGUAUCUCGAGAUUUUGGUCAAACCAUUUCACACAAGCAGGUUGUAAGAGCAAGGAUACUAGCUGCACUUAUGAAUUCUGGGAAUGAGGCAGACCAAUAUAAUCUCUUGGAAACCUCUGUUGAGGUAUUGAGACAAUCAAACCCAGGGUCAACUAUUGAAUUGGUAACUGAUAUGGAUGGAGGUGUUAGGAAGUUUAAAAGAUUCUAUGUAUGUUUUGAUGCAUGCAAGAGGGGUUGGAUGGCUGGUUGUAGACCUAUAGUGGGGUUGGAUGGCUGCCAUAUAAAGAUAAAGUACCCUGGUCUGUUGCUUUUAGCCGUGGGAAUUGAUGCUAACAAUGGGAUGUUUCCCAUCGCUUAUGCUGUUGUUGAGAUGGAGAAUUACGAAACUUGGAGUUGGUUCCUAGCGUACUUGAUUGGAGAUUUAGAUAUGCAAAAUGAUUUCAGCUAUGUAUUCAUGAGUGAUAAACAAAAAGGGCUACUAGAUGUUGUUAAAGACUUAAUGCCAAACAGUGAACAUAGACAUUGUGUAAGGCAUCUGCACAACAAUUUCAAAGUUAAGAAUCCUGGAAUUGUGUUGAAGAAUCUACUUUGGUCAGCUGCUAGGGAUACUACAAAGAUAUGGUUCAACAAGCAUUGGGAAGAUAUUAGAGCAGUUUCAGCAGAUGCAAUUGACUGGUUAAAUAAACAUGAGAACUCUAAACAUUGGAGUAGAUCUCAUUUCAGGGAAGAGAGCAAAUCCGAUAUGCUAUUAAAUAAUCUAUGUGAAGCCUUCAAUGCAGAAAUCCUGGACUGUAGGGAUAAGCCUAUGUUGGUGAUGCUUGAGAUGUUGAGACAAAACCUGAUGGUUAGAAUGAAUAACAGAAGGGUAGCUGGUAUGAAGUGGAAAAGUGAAAUUGGUCCUAGAAUUCAAAAGAUUAUAGAAAAGAAUAUCAACAGAUCAAGGGAGUACAACAGUUUCAGAUCAAGUGACUAUGUAUUUGAAGUGCAAGGGAAGAAAGGAAGUGUCUUACAAUCUCAACGCACAGUGGACUUGGCUAACGGUGCCUGCACAUGUAGGAGAUGGACAUUAUCAAGUUUACCUUGCCCUCAUGCCAUACAUUGUAUUUUCAUAAGGGGAGAAGAUCCAAAACAGUAUGUGCAUAUGUAUUACAAAAAGCAAGCAUACCUGGAUGCUUAUGCUCAUCUAAUAAAUCCAGUUCCAGGAAUUGAGUAUUGGACAAUCAGGGUGGUGAAAAUUCAUCCUCCUCAGUACAAGAGACAACCUGGGAAACCCAAAAAAGCAAGGACAAAGGAAGAAGCAAAGCCACCAGCACCAGAGCCAACAAAAGUUUGUGGAAAUACAACUAGGAUGUCAAGAAGUUGCCAAAAUAGCACCAAGGAGGGGUCAGACCUCCAAGGCACCUAG